AUGAUGGCAGACAAAAGAGUAGCUAUCAUAACAGGCGCUUCUUCCGGCAUGGGAGAGGCCCUCUCGCGAGACCUUGCGAGCAAGGGCUGGCAUGUCGCUAUGGCCGACCUUAAUACCAACGACACGCUGUCGUUAGAGCUCGGACGAAACGCCAGCUUUCACAAGACAGACGUAGCCGACUAUGAUAGCCAAGCAAAGACAUUUCAAGAAGUCUGGAAUGAACAUGGUCGCAUCGAUGCUUUGCUCGCAAACGCGGGCAUCGUUGACAAGGAGUCCUUGUACAUCUUUGACCAUCGAGACUCAGAUAUCAUCCCUCCCAAGCCUAGCCUGCUGUGCACUGAUAUCGAUUGGAAGGGUGUCGUCUACGGAACGCAACUGGCAACGCACUUUAUGCGCAAGAACAAGGUCCCAGGCGGCAUCAUCGUGGCGACGGGAAGCGUGGCGGCAUUAUACCCGCACGAGACGUAUCCAGAGUAUGACGGGGCCAAGGCGGCAGUCGUUAAUUUCGUUCGAGCAACAUCACGAGUGCUCAAGAUUAAGGAGAAUAUCCGAAUCAACGUUGUGUUGCCCGGCAUCGUGGCUACCAGCAUCAUCCCACCGGAGAUGGUAGCUGCCGUUUCCCCUGAAUGUAUGACGCCCAUUUCGAGUAUUGUCGCAGCGUACGGUACGUUUCUCGAGGACGAUACGCUCAGUGGCCAGGCGAUCGAGUGCUCGGCAGAGAAAAGACUAUUCGUACCGACGAUGGAGCCGCUUAAUGGCCAUGUUUCGAAGCGAGCCGUGACUGUAUGGGAGCCGCUUUUCAAGAUGUAUCACCAUGAAGGUUCGGGAUUGCCCGAUGCCAUCGAGUGA